AUGGCGGAUGAUACCACUCAGGAGACGACGAUAUCGACAGACCCCACGCCUCUGCGAGAAGAGACAGGGGCUCCAACCACAGUAGUGGGAACUAUACCCCCACUUGCCCCUCCAAUAGCAACAGCAGCAGGAGGAGGAGGAGGAGGAGGAGGAGGAGGAGUUCUCACUACGGUUGGAACCAUUGGCCCUCUUUAUAUGAAUAUGAAUUCCAAUCAUGUUCCCAAUUCUAGUUUAGCGGAGGAAAAAGAUGACAUUAGUCACAGUGUGCGUGUGUUUGAGGAGUUGCUGGAUGCGGAGGUGUUGUUAAACCCCGCCAAAUUGCGAGAGGCCUCCCGCGCCGGCAUCCCUGUCCGUUACCGCAGUACUGUUUACCGCUAUCUCCUCGGUGUGGCCUUUGUCGACAAAUCACGGGAGAUGACGUUAGAGCGCAUGCAGGAAAAGGACUUUGAGCGGAUGGAGGCGACAUUUGGGCGGAUAGCCGCUGGGGGCGAAGGCGGCGGACUCGCGCCACUCACCGACACCGCCGUUCCGCUGCUCGGCCGGCAUGAAAGUCCCUUCGCGAGUGGCGGUCGAUGUACAGAUAAACACGCCGUCACCGGCAACGACGCCUGGGCUGCGGCUUAUGCUCGUAUGAAGAUAUUACCAACACUCGCCACUGAUCAAGAACGGAGAAAUCGAUUUCGUGCGGCCGUACACGCAUUGCAGGUGGCGAACUCAGAUGCCACUCCAGACGCAGUAGAACAUAUAUUUGCCCUCGCACGUGUCUUUGAAACUGUACACAAAACUGCAAGGGAUAUUUAUUUUUCAACUCAAACACUCUAUCAUCUCCUUACACAUCAUGGAAAUGUACUACAAAGUCCAGUAUGUUUACAGCGGGAGUGUGGUACUUUUCUUAUGCUUUUUCGUGCAACAAACUUUGAACUCUAUCGUCAUUUUAUGAGUGAAGGAGUAACAGUGGUGGAAUGGCUCCCAGAUAUGCUCUCUACAUUACUUGCAGGUCGUCUUCAUGAUGAUGAUGUCUUACGACUAUGGGAUGCCUAUUUGGCAGAUGCACUCGAGCAACUUUGUAUUCCAUUACAUCCUUAUGUUUGUCUGGCAAUUCUAGCAGAUAUGACAGAAGUAUUACUUGAGUGUGAGAAGUCUGGUAUUGUUGAACGACUUCGGCGACUUCCACGUAUUAAAGCAGGUAGUAUUAUUCAGAAGGCUAUCUCACUAAGAGAAUCUGUCUUCUCUAAAGGACUCCUGUAA